AUGCUGUUUGCGCUCCUUGCCCUUCUUCUCCUCACUACGAGCUGUGUCGCUCAGCUUCCGCCAUUGACUGCUUGGUCGGCUACACCAUUCAAUCCUCCGUCAUUACCUCUCGCCGUUAAAUCAUCCUAUCUCAACGUAUGGGCACCAUUAGGAUAUGGAAAUGCCUCUGCACCACUCAACAACGCGUGGCCAAGGACUUGGGACAGAAGUCUUACUCCUUUGGGAUGGUACGGGGCGAUUCGAGUCGAUGGGACAGCAUAUCGGUUUCUCGGUGAAGGCGAUUUACCAGCCGGUAAUCUUCAAAAAGGAUUCACGUUCACUCCAACGCAAUCAUCGUAUCUUUAUCAAUUUGGCCCGGUCAAUGUAAAUAUAACUUUCCUGAGCCCGAUUGAGCCCACCGAUCUUACUCGGCAAUCGAUGCCAUUUUCGUAUAUGUACCUUACUGUCCAGCCAAAUGAUGGAGGUUCUCACAGUGUCCAACUUUUCUCGGACGUAUCGGGAGAAUUUAUUGGUGGUGAUUUUGGAGUCCCAGUGAACUGGACGAUCAAUGAAUCGAGCGAUUUCGUAUAUUUACAAAUGAACCCCUCUUCGCCCUUGCCAUUUCAAGAACUCAAUGAGCGACCGCAAGAUGGGACGUUGUAUUAUUGCAUGAAGAAGACAGACGGUGUAUCGUGGCAAAUUGCGAAUAACACAGAAAUGCACAUACAGUUUAAUAAUGGAUCUAUCACAACUCUUCCAAAGACAUCUGACGGCUCUUUUCAUGCUGUCGGCCUACCAUAUUUUGACACCCUAGCCAUUGCAGUCGACCUCGGAACUGUUUCCUCUGUGACCGACCCAGUGGUGUAUGCUUUGGGUGUCGUGCGCGAUCCAGUCGUGCAAUACGCCAACAGAAAUGUGCAGAUCGAGAAGCGAAGCUCCUAUUACUGGUCGAACUUCUCCACUAUUCAUGACGUUGUCAAUGACGUUCUAAGCCGUUUUGAUGAUGCUGUGACUGCCGCGACAGCCCUGGAUAAACAAAUUCUCGGUGCUGCAGGGCAAGUCUCUACCAAUUAUGCGGACAUUCUAAGUCUUUCGACGCGGCAAGUUAUGGGCGGACUUGAAUAUACACUUCUCAAAGAUGACUCUGGCAAUUUCAAUAUGUCGGAUGUUAAGGCGUUUUUGAACGAUAUGGGUGGUAUAGGCACCGGCGGAGUAAGCGCUGUUGAUGUGCUGUAUGCCGCGAUGCCUGCAUAUCUAUAUCUUAACCCUGAUAUUCUUGGCUACCUCUUGAGCCCACUCUUGGAAUAUCAAGAGAGUACACAGUACACAAACCCGUAUGCUGCACAGGACCUAGGGCCUGCAUUUCCGAAUGCCACAGGGAAUGCCAAUGGGCAUAACCAAAAAAUCGAACAAUCUGCGAAUAUGAUCAUAAUGUGUUUGGCGCAUGCUCAGGCUUCUGGUGAUAGUCGUCUCAUUAACCAGCAUUACGACCUCCUGAACAAAUGGGCAAACUACCUGGUUAAUAAUACCAUGGAUCCUGGGGACCAGACGGCGUCGCUCUCGGAUGGCAUAAUUGUAAACAAUCAGACGAACGUUGUGUUGAAAGGCAUCAUUGGUAUUGGCGCUAUGUCCAAAAUAAGCGGCUAUACAGGACAUACAGCCGACGAAACCAAUUUCGUUACCAUUGCACAGCAAUAUGCACAGCAGUGGACGAGCAUUGCAGUCGAUUCAUCCCAGAUUUCGAUAAGCUUCGGCUUGAUGAACUCAGGAUUGAUCUAUAACUUGUAUGCGGACAAACUGCUGCAACUCAACCUUAUUCCGAGCUCGGUGUACGACACACAAACACAGUUUUACAAGUCACAACUUUCACAGUGGAAUUAUGGCAUUCCAAUGGAUCUCUCAAAUACUUCAUCAGUCGCGCGUGCUGACUGGAUGAUGUUUGCUGCUGCUAGCACCUCUGAUAUAUCCAUACGAGAUGCGAUGCACUUGCAAAUCCAUGAGUAUAUAUCGGCAUUUUUGCCCCAAAACCUUCCAUUUCCAAUCCUGUAUAAUCCACGUGAUGGAACGCAGAUUGGAGGAGAGAACAGCCCAGCAAUAGGAGCAACUUUUGCAAACUUAGCAUUGAACCUACCUAUUAAGUCAAUCUCGGUGACAGGUCUAGCCGGAGGCGGCAACAGUACAAAAAAUACGGCGGCUAUCGUCGGAGGUGCUGUCGGCGGAGUUGUAGGCCUGUUAGGGAUUAUUGGCGCAAGCAUAUUCUUCUAUCGUCGUCGUCGUCGAAGCCACCAAGAGUCGGUCAGCCAGUAUAACCGCGUGGAUCGCAUUGAUCGAUUCCCAUCUGGGAACUUCCCGUCCAGUUCCAUGCUUGUGCUCGAUCCGCAAGAUUCGUCGGCACCCUCGCAAAUGACGGAACUGACCACUACCCCGUAUACGCAUCGGUAUACUGAUGACAGUGGUUCCUUCCUUAACGUAACUGGCUCGAUGAACGUUGCUCCAACGUCUUCCGGCACUCGGACCAUAUCUGCAAAAGAAUGGGAAAGUAGAGGUGCAGUGUGUGGGACAAAUGUUAGCGUGUCCGAAGCGCCGCCAAGCACGGCAGGCUCGAGCACGUUGUCAUCUAGUGCGCUGCCAAACCCGCAUAGUAACCACCCACGACAGGGUGAUUGGAGGGCUGAAGUGGAAGUUCUACGGCAGGAGAUCGAGCAGAUUAGGCAAGAGAGAGAAGGUCUGGCGGCACCACCGCCGGCGUACGAGGACGAACUGCAAAGGCUUCAAGCUUUGGGUUCGCGAUAAUACAUCGUUCCCCGCCCUAUUUAUUUUUCUCGUGUAUGCAUUUGUUUUCGUAGAUAUCGCGUUUUUUUCUUGUGAUACCAUUUUCCUUUCGGGAUCUGCAUGGACAUUGUACGACGCUGACAGUUCUAUUUAAUAGCAAGAUGACUGUCGUUCGUUUUACAGUGGAAAUCCA